UUGUUUUCACCUUCCACUUCCCCGUGAUGGCUUAUGUUGUGAUAAGGUAGCUUAUUAGUUCACACCUUUCAUUUUUUAAGUAAUAUGGAGGGGGUAAAUGAUCAAAUAGCUUCAGUUGAAGGAACUCUAUCGGGUGAUCAAGACUUUGAUGAGGAUGAUUAUUUUUUACCGACGGCAUGGUUGUACCUUACUGAGUUGCAUAGGUCCAUGCACACGAGAGAACUUGUUAGAGACAAGAUAUUGUCGGGACCUAACUGGAUGAGGGAGGUUCUUCAUGGACAUUCGGAUAGAGCAUUCAAAGCUUUUAGUAUGGAGAGACAUGUAUUUCUUAACUUGUGUGGUUUGCCGAAAGCAAAAGGUUGGUUACAAGAUAGUCGAUAUCUUAAAAUAGAUGAACAUGUUAGGAUUUUCUUAUGUACGAUUUCUCACAAGAACUCUAAUAGAGAUUUGUGUGAGAGAUUCCAACAUUCGGGACAGAUUAUCGGUAAGUAUUUUAACUUAGCAUUGAAAGCGGUUCGAAAAUUAGCAAAGGAGGUUAUCGUACCACCUCCCUUUGAUGUCGUCCCACAAGAGAUUCUUUUAAAUCCUAAGCAUGAACCUUACUUCAAGGGAUACGUAGGCGCUAUUGAUGGCACCCAUAUUCAUGCUGCCGUACCUGUUGCCCAGCAAAUCCGAUUCAAAGGUAGAAAGGGAAUUACCACUCAAAAUGUGCUAUGUGUGUGUUCCUUUGAUAUGAGAUUUACAUUUGUAUAUGCUAGUUGGGAAGGAUCGGCUAACGAUUAUCGGGUGCCAUCGGUAGCACUUGAGACUCCCGAACUACAAUUUCCUCGACCACCCUUAGGCAAAUACUAUGUGGUAGAUUCCGGGUAUGCAUCAACUCCGGGAUUUUUAACACCUUUUAAAGGUGAACAAUAUCAUAUAAAUGAUUUCAAAAGCAAUGCGAGACCAACAAGAGCAAGAGAGUUGUUCAACUAUAAGCAUUCUUCACUAAGGAAUAUCAUUGAGAGAUCCUUUGCGGCUUCGAAGAAUCGCUUCUUUGUUUUGAGACACAUGUCUCCAUUUUCAAUUAGAAAGCAAGCACAUAUUGUAGUAACAUGUUGUGCUAUCCAUAAUUACAUCCGUGAUCAAGACAAGAGGGAUAGGAAUUUUUUCGAAUAUGGGAAUCCGGAGUAUGUGUGUGAACCUGCGCAUGAUGAGGUUACAUGCGUUUUAUCGACCGAGGAGGGAACCGAGAUGAACAUUCUUAGGAAACAUAUUGCCAAUAAAAUAGCAAGUGAUCAUUAUAUGGACGAGAUUCCAUGAUAUUGGGUUUUUUGUUUUUUGAUAGUUGAAUGACAUGAAUUUUGAGAUAAA